AUGGCCGAGUACUCGACGGAGGCGGAGGACCUGGUGCUGCGCGCGACGGAUGAGACGCUGGCGGGCCCCGAGUGGGCUCUGAAUAUGGCGCUGUGCGACUGCGCCAACGCGCAGCACGCCGCGUGCGACGACAUCGUGCGCCUGCUGCAGCGCCGCCUGCAGAGCGGGCAGCCCAAGGUGGCGCUGCUGGCGCUGGUGCUGACCGAGACGCUGGUGAAGAACGGGCCGGCCGCCGUGCACAGCCUCGUGGGCUCGCGGCUGUUCCUGAACGAGGUGGCGGCGCUCUCGGACGGCAGCCUGGGCGUGGACGUGCAGAACCAAGCGCUGCUGCUGAUCCGCCAGUGGGCCGACGCCUUCAUGGGCGGCGAGCUGCACGCGUUCCAGGACGUGUACAGGCAGCUCAAGCUGCAGGGCGUGGCCUUCCCGGAGGUGGAGAACGAUGUACCCAUCUUCACGCCGCCGUCCUCCACGACUGCUGCCUCUAGGGAGGAGAGCUCUGCUGGUUUCGCGGCUGCGGCGCCGAGACGCACGAGGGAGCAGCAGCUGGAGAAGCUGCACGCGGACUUGAAGGUGGUGCAGGAGAAGAUUAAGCUGCUGAGGGAGCUGCACACGAAAGGACAGACUGGAGAGCAGCUGGAAGACGUGCUGGACUUCUUGCGCCAGUGCCAGCCCAGAAUGAACACGCUCAUUGAAGGAGGCGUCAUGGGCAAGAUCGACGAACGCACGCUCGAGGAGUGCCUCACUGUACGUGGCGCUGGAGUUGUAUAG